AUCUACACGGGACAGCGAGGAAAACACGAGUACAAUCAUCAUUAGGGAGACAAUCCAACCUAUAUAUGUCACUAUGAUAAAAAUGAAAAAAGAAAAUAUAGCCGGAGUAACCAUCUCUUUUUAUUAUUGUUAGUAUUAUUUAUUGUUGAUGAUCUGUAGUAUUAUGAUGUUGAUGGCAUUUCUAUGCCUUUUUCUGUCUAUACAAGCAAGCACACAUCAAGUACCUUCCAAUGAUCCUUUUUACACUCCGCCUGCCAAAUUCGAAAAUAAAAAGCCUGGUACCAUUUUAAAAUUUAGAAUAUUGUCAACCUCUUCUUUUCCUUCCAUUUCUAAUGAAAAUCUCAAAGCUAUUUAUCAAUUCCUUUAUCGUACCAAUGAUGGUCUUGGUAAACCCACUGCUUCUGUAACCACUCUUCUUGUUCCCACCAAUGCUGAUCCUACGAAACUUAUUUCUUAUCAAACGUCUGAAGAUUCCUCUUCCAAAGAUUGUGCUCCUUCUUAUACUUAUCAGCAAAAACCAAAUCCUGGUCCGAUUCCGAUUCCCAAUCCUGAGCCUUUCUUGUUAGAUGACCUUCUUUCUCGUGGUUAUUAUCUCAACAUGGCUGAUUAUGAAGGUCUUCAAGCUAUGUUUGCGGUUGGACUUAUGGCUGGUCAUGCUGUGCUUGACUCUAUACGGGCAGUUCUAAACAGUGGCAAUUUGACUCAAUUACAUCCUGAUGCCAUCGUACAAUUGUGGGGUUAUUCUGCUGGUGCUCAUGCUACAGGAUGGGCUGCUCAAAUUCAACCUUCUUAUGCUUCUGAACUUAAGAUUAUUGGUGCGGCUAUGGGUGGUACUCCUGUGAAUAUGAAUGCGACAACCAAUGUUGUCAACGGUGGUCUUUUUGCUGGCCUGAUUACUUCUGGUAUCCUUGGUAUGAUGCAUCAAUACGAUGACUUGGCUGAUUAUAUUGAUCAAAUCAUUUUACCUGACAAGAAACAAAAAUUUUUGGAAGCUCAACAUCUGUGCAAUCGGGAUGUCCUUUACAAGUAUGCUUUUCAGGACAUUUUUUCCUAUUUCAGUCGACCUGAUUUUUUGGCGGAUCCUGUGGCGGUUAAAGCAAUCAACAGUAACAUCAUAGGUAAAAUGGAUGCUCCUCGGUUUCCUUUGUUUAUGUAUCAUGCCAUCCAUGACGAAAUUGUUCCCAUAGCAUCUGUCAUGGAUCUGUACAACUCUUGGUGUGCCGACAAGUCUAUCAGUCUCCAAUUCGUGGCGGAUGAAGUCUCAGAACAUAUUACCUUGGCUACUACCGGUGCUGCUAAUGCAAUCAACUUUUUAGUGGAUCGAUUCAACAACAAGAAGGCUCCUCCUGGUUGCACAUAUAGAACAACUGCUACUUCAGCUUUGGAUCCUGGUGCACUCCCUCUCUCUAUCAGAUUGAUAUUGGAUGAAUUAAAAACUGUCCUUGGAUGACCCUUUUGAACAAUAGGAUGAUAUGAUGCCUUCGUCACUCAGGUAUAUAUUUAUUGACAGGUUGUCUUGUUUAUUAGUAUUAGUGAUAGUUCUAGUGUUAGUUUGGCUUUAGUGUUAGUGUAGUAUAAUAAAGAAUCUCAAUAAUUCAACCGUUUUAUUUAUCUUGAUGUUGAAAGGAAAACUUAUUCAAUAAUAUCCUGGUUGUCACAUUGU